AUGCCCAAGCUGCCCGCAGGCAGCAGUGUUCCGCCGACGGGCUCGGCGAAUGGUGACCGCGACGUCCCGCAGGCGGAGGUCGGCGGCGGGAGGCGGGAGCCGGCGCCUACGGGGCCUGCGGAGCCCGGGGAAGCCCGUAUGACGGACGAGGACAGAGAAGGCCCGGUGGCUGGGCCACGCGGCGGGAGGCGGGAGCCGGCCCCAGCGCGGCCUGUGGAGGCCAGGGACCGUCCGAUGGCGGCGGCCAGGGAAGGUCCAGUGGCGGAUGCCAGGGAAGGUCCGACGGCGGCGGCCAGGGAAGCCCGGAUUGCAGAGGUUGCCCGAUUGUUGGCGGAGCCAGCAGAGGAAGAGGGUCCUGAGGGCAGACGCCGGUCCAGGCCCGGGAACAGCCCAGGCCAGGCUGCGUUGCCGAAUCUCCGCCUCCGUCACCCACUUGGCGUUUUAGGAAUUAAUUAUCAGCAGCUCCUCCGUCACUAUCUGGAACACUACCCGAUUGCUCCCGGCAGAAUUCAGGAGCUUGAAGGACGCCGCAGGAGAUUUGUGGAAGCCUGCAGAGCAAGGGAAGCAGCGUUUGAUGCCGAAUAUCAGCGGAAUCCUCAGAGGAUGGAUUUUGAUAUUUUAACAUUUAGUAUAACUCUGACUGCAUCUGAAAUUAUCAAUCCUCUGAUAGAAGAACUUGGUUGUGAUAAGUUUAUCGGUAGAGAAUAGUUUAGUGAUGAAACUACUUCAAGAACCUCUGCGUUCAGUAGUCAUACCAAUCCUGUAACUUGCUUUUAAAAAGUCAAAGUAUUUGAGAAUAAGGCAAGGCACAGUUGAAAAAGAAAAGGAAGCUUAUCAAGAAAAACCAUCAGAAAAGAAAUAGAAAAAAAUAAAAACCGUUAUGACUCCUGUAACGUCCUUUGAGUUUGUGAUUGAUCCGGAUUGUUUUCCCUGCAUUGUGGAAAUGUCUUUUAAAAUUGCUUCACUAAAGUGAAGAAUGGUUUUAUAUAAUUGAGACUUGAUGAAGAAAAACUGCCAAUAGAGCCCAUAGUGUAAGAUUGAUUUUGUGUUUUCUGAGGCAUUUCAAAUGAAAGGCAAAGUAAAUACUGUAUAUAUUACAUGAUAAAUUAUGUAU